AUGUUUAACUAGUGUAGCUGACUCUCUCACUUGCUAAAUAUAAUGAUGGAGUGUCUACUAAACUGCAACAGAGGACGUUAAUGGAAAUAUUAUUGGCAGACUGUCAAUAUGAGUGGUAUCUUUGCUAGUUGUGUAUUAACAGCCCUGCUGCUGGUUGUUACCUGGGCAGACCAUCACCACCACCACCAUCAGGGCGAGCUGAAUGACCACCAACUGUCCUCUCCUAACGCUGACUUUGCCUUUGCCCUUUACAAAAAUCUGAAUGCCAAGGCAGCUCCUGGAGACAACAUCUUCUUCUCACCAUUAGGCAUCUCCACCGCCCUGUCCAUGCUGUCAACUGGGGCCUGUGGUGAAACUCACAGCCAGCUUUUCUCCAGCUUGGGGUAUAGCAGCUUAAACCAGACGCAGGUCAAUGAAGCCUAUGAGCAUCUUUUCCGCAUGCAUGGGCACACCAGUGAGAACCAGCAGCUGGAUGUCGGCAACGCCGUGGCUUUGAGCUCCAACCUGAAUCCUUUAGAGAAAUUUCUGAACGAUGUCAGACACUAUUACUUUGGUGAGAUCUUGAACACAGACUUCUCUAAACCUGGUGAAGCUGCAGCUGAGAUCAAUGCAUAUAUUGCUAAUAAAACUCAGGACAAGAUCAAAGAUAUGGUGAAGAAUGUGGACCGUGAAACAGCUAUGGUGCUGAUCAACUAUGUCUACUUUAGAGGACAGUGGAAGUACCCCUUUGAGAAUGAACAAACCCACAAAGCAGAUUUCCAUGUAAAUGUCACCACUAAAGUGGAAGUGGACAUGAUGUCAAGAACCGGGUAUUACAAAACCUACCUGGACCCUAGCAGACACACCACAGUCAUCACGCUGCCCUAUGAGGGCAACACAUCCAUGAUGAUUGUGUUGCCUAAUAAAGGCAAGAUGAAGGAGGUGGAGGGCUACAUCAACAAAACCUACAUCAAGCUCUGGAGAGAUUCAGCAACUGAGAAGUAUGUAGAACUGCGCUUGCCAAAGUUUUCCAUUUCUGCUGAUGCCUCCCUUGAUAACACACUUAAAAAAAUGGGCAUAACUAAAGCUUUUGAGAAUACUGCAGAUUUCAGAGGUAUAUCUGACAAGGCCAAGAUAAAAGUCUCCAAGGCAUCUCACAAGGCUACGCUGAGCAUCACCGAGAUGGGAACAGAAGCUGCAGCUACAAACAUCUUUGAGUUGGUGUUUUUUACAUUGCCACUGUCAGUCACAAUUAACAGGCCUUUCUUGGUUUUCAUUCUAGAGAACCCCACUGAAAGCAUCCUUUUCAUGGGCAAGAUCAACAACCCCAUGGCCAUUUAAAAGUGUACAUAAACAAAAGGAGUAUCAAGAUCAUAGUGUUCACCAGAAACAUCCAGUGAAAAUCCAAAUAAUUGGUUCCUCAUCCAUCAUAAUGAUGCUAUGUUGUGUAGGCUUGUGUAAAGAUGUUGUUACUCUAUUAACACCUGAUAAACUAUUUUUCUCGCAAAUUUUUUUUCACUGAUUUUUUUGUGUGUUUUCUUUUAAGUUUAGAGUAAUACUACAUAAUUUUUCCUGCAGUGUAAAAAUGCAAAAGUGAUUGUUUUGAACUGAAUUAAAAAAAUAGCGUGUAAAAUGGUAUACAAGUGCGUUGCCGCUCUGCUAACUUACACAACUGUAAAGAAACAGUUAAUACAGAUAUCAAUCAAAUCAAUCAAUCAAAUUUUAUUUGUAUAGCCCUUCACAAUAACCAAAAGGUACUCAAAGUGCUUUACAACAGAGUCAUAAAAAGUACGUAAAAACAAUGCAUAAUAACAUAAAAUAAUUAAAACACAUAGAAACACAAUUGGAAAGUGCUACAGCGCUGCAGGGUACUAAGAAACUUCAAGAAGUGCAUAAAACAGACAAAAUUAAAAAACAAAAACACAAACAACAACAGAAUACACCUAAAAACAACACUGCUGUAGUUGGAAUUAAAAGCCAAUCUAAAGAAAUGUGUCUUUAGCUUUGCUUUUAAAAGGCCGAGAUGGUUAGUGAUGCAAACAUCGGGGGGCAGUUUGUUCCACAGUCUAGGAGCAGCAACCGCUAAAGAACGAUCACUUCGAGCUUCUAGCAGAAGCUGCUCC